AUGAGAAACGCUGCACGCCGGCGGCUGGACUGCGCGAUUUUCCCCUCAGGUUCCCACUUCAACUGGCUGCAGCAAAAGCCUUCUUGGGGCAGAGCCGACGCUCGUGGGCUGCCCCCCAAGGUCACUUUUGCCGAUAUUGCAGGAUCACGAGCUCUUAAAGCCCGUCUUUCGCAGGCGGCUCUACUUCUGACGGCUCCAGACGCAUGCGGGGCCCUCGGAGCGAAGGCCCCAAAGGGCAUCCUCCUAGAGGGGCCCACCGGCACCGGUAAAACGCUGGCCGCACGUGCCUUGGCAGGGGAAGCAGGUGUUGCGUUUCUCUGGGGGAACGCCUCUUCCUUUGUGGAGGUGUUUGCUGGGAGGGGGGCGUCCCGUGUGCGAGCUCUCUUCGCGGAGGCGAGCCGCCUUGCUCCCUGCAUCUUGUUCCUCGAUGAAAUAGACGCCAUUGGCUCGCGUCGCGUGUCAGGAAGUGAGCGCGGAUCAAAGUCUGCGGGUUGCAAGUGUACGGGGUGUAUUAUGUCUGCAAGGGAGAGGUGGAGGGGGCGAGGGGGUAUGUAUGCUUUCUUGAGUGGCGCAUCCCUAGACCUUACCAAGAGUCCUGUGUUGUCAGGCUUCGAUCUUGUGGACAUACCUAUACUGGUGAUGGCUGCGACAAACCGUGCAGACUGCCUGGACGAGGCCCUCCUAAGACCGGGACGCUUCGAUCAAAUCAUCACAGUCAACCUGCCGGAUGCACAAGAACGGUCAGUGUCUCUAUGGAGUCUUGCUGCCGCAACUGAUGGCUUUUCGGGAGCCUGCUUGGCCGCUCUCUGCAACGAAUCAGCGCUGCUGGCGGCUAGGAAAGGCCUAUCAGCCCUCGCCCAACAGGGGCCGGCUGAGUACAGUAGCACUUCUUCCGUCCAGACAACGAAGAGGAACUCUAGAUGCCCCUCAUGUGCGCGUGUGGGUGUUUCCUCAGACUUCUCGGAGUGA